ACCCAACGAGAGCAACCCAACAAACGAAACGAAAACGAUACGAUUACGGGUUUCUUCCUCCAAAGUACAGUCAAGGACGUUUGCCCUUUCACUCACUCAUUCGCUUUGCUUGCUUACUCAUUGACUAUCUGCAAUCUGCGAAUUGACUAGCGAACGCACGAAAAGAAGGAUUAGCGUACUAAGUCAAGUCCCCGUCUACUUCCGUGAGUGCAGUGCCUGCCGGUAGUCAGCUACACCUUUCUUUACACACAACGAGAGCAUGUCGAACCGAGCCACGGGAGGAGCCGGCAAACCGCCGCUGUACAAGAUUGUCAUGCUGGGCGAUUCGGGCGUAGGAAAGACGUCGCUCGUCGCGCGUCUAACGAAUCCGGAUCGACCGCUCAAUCACGACAUUUCGGCAACCAUGGGGAUUGAGUUCGAUACGCAAAUGCUGGACACGCCGCACGGAAAAGUCAAGGCCCAAAUCUGGGACACCGCGGGGCAAGAACGCUUCGCGCGGGUUCUCCUGCCUACCUACUUUCGUAAAGCCAAAGGGGUGAUCCUCGUGUACGAUAUCACCAACGCCAAGUCCUUCGAAUCGCUUGCGGAACGCUGGAUGGCGCAGUUGCAGGAUCACGCCUCUACCGAUGAUCUAGCCAAACUCCUCGUUGGCAAUAAGAGCGAUUUGGAAGCAUCGCGAGAAGUAUCACAGGAAAAGGCGCAACAAUUCUGUCAGGAAUACGGUAUGGAAAUGUUGGAAACGUCGGCUAAAUCCGGAGAAAACGUUCUCACUUCCUUCGAAAGAUUGAUUGGGAUUGUGCACGAUCGGGCUCUCACCUCGCAAAAGUCCCGAGGAGGCAUUGCAGGCCUGGGUGGUCCAUCCGGAGGAACAUCGUCGGCGACGCCAGCCACGGUGAACUUGGACGAAACCAAGGGUGCCAACACCGAUUCGGCAGCGUGCGGAUGUUAG